AUUUGUGGGUCAGUUACUAUAUAUAGCUAAUGACGAUCCUUCUUUGCAGGGUUCUUCGUGGGUAACGGGCAUGCACGUAAGCCACGAGGCGGAUAUGAACGCCUUACAUAAGAGUCUGUUCGCGAUGUGGCACAGCACAGGGGUUUCUCCCGUCUUUUGCGUUCUAUAAGCCCUCCCAUAUACUAUGUCCUCCAGUACAGAGCGAAGAAGGAGCGAAAGCGCCAAUUCAAGGCGUACGCCCACUCCACCUCCCGUCGACGACACGCCCCUCGCCGCCUUUUUCGCUCAAUUCGCAGCAUUCUCCUUCAAAGAGAACCAGUCCUCAAACAAGAACUUCGACCGCCUCAUCAAAGUCCUGAAAAUUGACGCCAAAGAUCCUCAGAAGCGCGAAGUACGAGAGGGAUUCAAAGACGCGCUCGUUCAGGAAUUCAAUGCGCGUUUCGGAACUGACGGAAACGACAUUUUGAACUGGCAGAGUUUGUGCGCUGUUUUGAGGAUCGAUCCUGUUCCGGAUUCUAUCAAGGAGUGUCGCAAGUGCGUUUGGGACACGCAUGUCAACCUUGUAGACCUGGUUGAUUCACCGAGGACUGGGAAGCCUGUGAAGCCAUUUGCGUCUGUGGAAGAGUUGAGAGCAUAUACUCUCCAGACAGAGAAAAUCUUUCCGAAGGAGAGUGCCUAUCACGGCGGGUUACUGAAGGAGUUGCUAAGGGAGAUAACAGGCACGUACUUCGGGGGGCGUAGGAACGGGAGUGCGAAGAGGAAAGCAAGAAAGAGGAAACAGAAGGCCGCAAGGGCAGCAGUGGUACUCGACUUUUAGUGGUGAAGACUGACCGGAGCUGUCCCUUUGAAUUCGUUUCGCAACAUUCGCUCUCAUUACGUUCUCUGUACCAGUAGCAUGCGCACUAUGACCUGUCAACAGUUUGUAAUUUAUCUCGCAGAUGAAAUGCACGUUCAA